CCUUGGCCCAAUAAGUGACUCGGGGAAGUGACUCCUCUGCCCCUGCCGCGACCUUGGCUAGAAGUGUGGGUGCCGACAUGAGUACAGCGUGUGAGCACUUCAAGAAUACUGUAGUCCUAACUGCGGAGAUACGUGUAAAGAACAAUCCGGAUGACAUCGCAAAAUUCCGAAGAGCAAUACUUAACGUCAAGGCUUCUGCUUUGUCUGGCGCGGAGCCAGGGGCGUUAGAAUAUCGACUGUCUCAGGCAUACAACGUGUUUUCAGUGUGGGCAAAAUUUGCUGAUGCUCAAGCAGUCAUAUUUCAUACCCGAACCCCCGCAUAUUGGGACAUGCACAUACUCGAAGAGCUCAUGCUUGAGGGCACAAUUCUGCUACAGAGUUAUCCAUUGUUGAUGCAGGACCCAAAGGUUCUUUUCUACGAAGAACUGUAG